AGGCCGCCGGCACGGAACCUGUUCUUCCUUGCGCAGAGGCCCUACCUGUUCGACGGCACCUUGCGGGAACAGAUUGCGUACCCGGUGUGGGAUGCGUCCCUGCUGACAGAGCUCAACGAUGCAAACAUGGCGCGCCUCUUCGCGGAAGCCAACUUGAGCGAGGUCUGGAGUGCCCGGAAGGAGGAGGUCGACACCCGAGGCAUUCACUGGUCCGAUGUGCUAAGCCUGGGCGAACAGCAGCGCAUCCAAUUCUGCAGGCUCUUUUGGCAUGCCGAGUGGCAUCGUACGCACGGCGACCUGGCCUACGGAUUCUUCGCCAUCCUCGAUGAGUCGACGGCCUCCAUGGACACGGCCUCGGAGAUGAAGGUCUAUCAAGCCCUGAGGAAGAAGAAGAUCGGCUUUCUCAGCGUGGCACACCGGCCUACCGUCAUUCAAUACCAUACCCAGGUGAUGCAUUUCAAGUUCAGCGUUGGGCAUGACCUGAUGUACGAGGUCAAAGAUGCUCGUGAGAUGGCAGAGGAGCACGCGUCGCUGCUGACGAAGCACCUCAAGCCAACACAGCGGCUCAGCGUUCUUGAAAGCCGCCGUCAGUCGGGGAGUACUAGCCGGCCGAACAGCGUCGACUCGCUGCGGACGGCGGAUUCAUUGAGGCUGGAUGGCAUCGAGCAGCGUUCUGAGACGAGACAUCAUGCCUGGCCGCGCACCUCUCCAAUGGCCACGACGCCUGGGGGCGGGAGCAGAAGGGACAUUGAAAGAACAAGUUUAUGUUUGGGAGCUGUUGGGGGCUCCCAUGAGAGGGCAGCAAAGUUCCUCGGCAGACGAGACUAG